AUGUGGGCUAACUUCCGCUACAUAAUCUACCAGCAGGCGGGCGCACUGUUCAAGCACAUGCAGGUCCGCGUACACGCCGAGGCUCUGGCUUUCAAGGCUGCAGCGCCUGUGGAGGAGCACCGCUGCAACCGGCGGCUGAGUGCACUCGUCUCCACGCAGAUGUCGCUCUUCAACCGGCGCUUCAUGCUCACCGUGGUGGUCAACCUGUUCGACUACCUGGGCGGCAUUCUCAACUACCUGGUGAUCUCGAUCCCGAUCUUCGCCGGCCUGUACGACGACCGCACGCCGCAGCAGCUGAGCGCGCUCAUCAGCCAGAACUCGUUCGUCUGCAUGUACCUGAUCUUCAACUUCACCCAGCUGGUGGACCUGGCGUCCAGCGCCACGGACGUGGUGGGCUGCACGCACCGGGUGGGCCAGCUAGUGGAGCGGCUAGCGGUGCUGGAGCAACGGUGGAAGAGCUCGCCGCACACCCCCGACGAAGACACGAGCGGGGGCGCGCCGCCCGCCGCAGACGACCCGCAAUACGACACGCCGUACGCGCUCUCGAAGGUGAGCGUGUGCGUGCCGGGCGCGCGGCGCACGUUGGUGACGGCGCUCUCGCUGACGGUGCGCCGCCACCGCUCGCUGCUCGUCACUGGAAGCAGCAGCUGCGGCAAGACCAGCGUGCUGCGCGUGCUGCGCGGUCUGUGGCCACCGGCGACCGGGCGCCUGCAGCGCCACCUGCGCCCCGGCCCCGGACACGUGUUCUUCAUGCCGCAGCGGCCGUUCCUGACGGACGGCUCGCUCCGGCAGCAGAUCGUGUACCCGGAGCGGCUGAAGGAGGGCGGCUACACGGUGUCGGAGACGGAGCGCAUGCUGCACUACCUGGAGCUGGUGCAGCUGAGCAGCCUGGCGGAUCGCUGCGGCGGUCUGGACUCCGAGGUCAACAAGAACUGGUACGACAUGUUGUCGCCGGGCGAGAUGCAGCGCCUGUUCUUCGUCCGGCUCUUCCACCACCGGCCGGUGUUCGUGUUCAUGGACGAGGCGACCAGCGCCGUCAGUCCCGACAUGGAGGAGAUCCUGUACCAGGAAUGUUUGCGGCUGAAGAUGACCUUGUUCAGCGUUGGACACCGUGAAAGCUUAACCGCCUACCACGACUGGAAGCUGCACCUGUUUAAUGACGGCACCUGGAGACUGGACCCGAUCGAGCACGCCGCUGGCGGCAUCUGUCCGUGAACACGGCAGGCGGAGCUUCCGUAGUCUUCCGCUGGAAUAAGUGGUUCAGGGAUCAUUCUGUACCGCGUUCUGUAUGAUUCGAUAUGGCAGGUGAUGGGGAGAACCAUCAUUGCCAGUUGAUUCAAAACAGCAAGUGAUGGGGAGAACCAUCAUUGUCAUUUGAUUCGAGACAAGUGAUGGGGAGAACCGUCAUUGCCAGUUGAUUCAAGACAAGUGAUGGGGAGAACUGUCACUGCCUUUUUAGCUGUAACAGCGUUUUGCAGAUUGUGUGCUGGUGGUGCCUGCGGUGUGAUACCGUGAUUUGGGGUAGCUGCAAUAUUGGAGGGCUCAUCUGGAUUUAGCCAUCUCAUCAGGUAUGCCGCGAUGGUUGUAAUGAAGGUGCAUUAUUAGAGUGAAAUCUUGUGUCGGGAUUUUGUAUUGUGCCAUCAAGUUCAUAUGCGAAAAGUGCAAUUGGGUUUUUUAGUUACACGAGGAUGUCGAUAGUUAUUACUGUUUGGGAAUGUGAAUUGUACCAUUGCCACUGGCACCCGAUGGAUGUAUUUUACUGUAUAGUUGGCGACAUAUUUAGUACGUGACCACGCGAGUUUUGUUACGUUGUGUGUUUUGUUUAAAUGGUGGCCGACCGGAUGCCUUACUUUAUACUUCCACCAAUAAUCUGAUUACAAAUAUACUCACAGAU